AAUGCCUUGGCUUUGGUCUCUGCUAUUUAUAUUUUGUUAUUGUUAUUUAAAUUUCUUUUUCUUCUUCUUUCUUACUUAAAGUUAUUGUUUUGAACACAAUUUGGUCCAAGCAUAGAUUCCAUGACGACGAGGUGAAAGUUUAGUUCCACCAUGGAUAAUAUAAAACACAUUCUGCUAAUCAGUGGGAAAAGAAAAUGCGGGAAAGACUACAUUUCAGAAAAAUUAAAAAACAAGCUAGGCGCAAGCAGUCAAAUCAUUAGAAUUUCGGAACCAAUAAAAUCUGAAUGGGCACAAAAAAUGCAGCUGGAUUUAAACCAGUUACUCAGUGAUGGCCCAUAUAAAGAAAAAUAUCGAAAAGAUAUGAUAACUUGGAGUGAUACGGUACGUCAGCAGGACUACGGUUACUUCUGCCGAACGGCCAUGGAAAAAGCAAAUUCUGAAAUUGUCAUCGUCAGCGAUGUCAGGAGAAAAAAUGAUAUACGAUACUUUAAAGAAGUCUAUGGAGAAAAAGUAUUAUGUAUUCGUCUAUCAUGCCCCGAUAUCAUUCGUAUGGAAAGGGGAUAUUUGUUUACACCGGGUAUAGACGAUAUUGAAUCAGAGUGUGGAUUAGACGACUACGAUAAUUGGGAUCUACAUUUGAAAAAUGAUAGUAGAAUAAAUCCUGACCAAAUAGUUGCCGCUAUUAUUGCAAAAAUGUUUUAAAUUUAAUUUAUUGAUUGUGUCCACACACAAAUAAAUGAGAAUACAAGUUUAUUUUUCCGCAA